AAAGCCGCCCGCCAAUCUGAGGAGUGGCCUGAGCGGCAGAAAGGGAAUAGGGCGUGAAUAGGGCUUGAAGGGUGGAACAUGCAAGAGCAUUCGAUGAUCGCUAGCGUCCACGAUCCACAGCCGCUGAUGUCACCGCAUCCCGCCAAGGUCGCCACGGCCUGACUACAUCACGCGCUGGCGUCUCUUGUUAGGUACAACUACCCCAUUGUUUCUAUUUCCCUUGGUCCUUGGGUUCUUUCUCUUGAUUUACGCUUCCAUGUCGAUUCUUACCUUGGGUUGUCAUACUCGAGCCCUUUUUUAUGAACUGAUUCGCUGUCUACCUGUACUAUAGGAAUCCCUGCAAUUAUUUAUUUCUUUGUAUGCCAAUCAGCUCAAAUGAUGCCUACCACUCAAUUGACGCCUCCCCAAGGAGAGGGGAUGGCGCAAUUUUCCCAAAAACAGUAAUGGGCACUAUAUUCGAGACUACUCAACGCUACACAGACUGGAAGCCCAUUGGCCUUGGCGUGUCUGGACUUGUCUGCUCCGCAAGGGACCAGAUACGUCAUCAGACUGUCGCCGUGAAGAAGCUCGCAGAACCAUUCAAGACAGAGCAUAUCGCAAGACAUAUGUUUCGAGAAAUCAAAUUGCUGAGACAAUUGCAUCAUGAAAACAUUAUCAACCUUACCGACAUCUUCAUUUCACCAUCUGAAGACAUAUAUCUCGUCACAGAGUUAAUGGCAACGGACCUCAACACAAUAUUGAAAGCCAAAAAGGUCGAAGACCAAUUCGCGCAAUACUUCAUGUACCAGAUAAUGCGCGGCCUAAAAUACCUCCAUUCAGCGGGCGUCGUCCACCGAGAUCUGAAACCAAGCAACAUCCUGAUAAAUGAGAACUGCGACCUGAAAAUAUGUGAUUUCGGCCUUGCCCGAGUCCAAGAACACAAUAUGACCGGCUACGUUUCGACGAGAUACUACCGCGCACCGGAAAUCAUGCUUACAUGGCGGAAAUAUAACGAAAAAGUUGAUAUCUGGAGUGCCGGCUGCAUCUUUGCCGAGUUACUUAUGGGAGAGCCUCUAUUCCCUGGGAAGAAUCAUAUAAAUCAGUUUUGUGUUAUUACCGAUUUGCUUGGGAGUCCACCUGAAGAGGUGAUUGCCAAUAUUACAAGUGAAAAUACGUUGAACUUCAUCAAAUCUCUACCGAAACGAGAACGCAAGCCGAUGUCGCAACUCAUACCCAAGGCGAACCCAGAUGCCGUCGCCUUAAUCGACAAAAUGCUCCAAUUCGACCCGAAUAUACGCAUAACAGCCGUCCAAGCCGUCGAAUCCCCAUAUCUCUCACCAUACCACGACCCAAACGACGAACCCGUUGCAACAGAAACAUUCGACUGGUCGUUUCUCGAAGCAAACCUCCCAGCUGAUAUUUGGAAGACUAUCAUGUGAGUCCCGAAAUAUGGCUAAUCACUCCUUUCUACCUACCGGCCAGCCUAUUGAUCAUAAUAUAUUUGCUAGGUAUGGCGAGGUCUUAGGAUUCCAUGAACAAAUGACUGAGAGUGGACAGAGCGGUCCGAUGAAAACGACAAGUCAAUUGGAUGGGAUGGACCUCGGAUGAUGGUGAUUGUAUAU